AUGGCCCCCUCUGUUGCUCAACACAGAAAUCUUUCCCCGAGUGACGUGCACACGGGUCUUGCGACCACUCCACCUACUAGUAAGAACACCAACAGCGAGCAAGCACCAGAGAGCGAGCAUACUGCACAAACAGAAACACACACAACGAUGGCUCCGUCGUCGCGUAUGGACCUUGCAUCGUUGCUGCAGCCAGAGUCGGAGAGCUCGCAACGACGGCCACCAGCAUCCACACCAGCAUCUGCACCGCCACCCGCGGCCCCGAGCCAACCACCCGCACCACCGCCGCCAGCACCGGCUCCAUAUACGACCAACGAGCCACUGGCGUCGUCAUACCCGCAUUCGUACUCCCAACCAUCGUCAAAUUCAAACCAAAACUAUGCAAAUUCGUCGAGUCAAUACUCGCACGCAUACGCGCCUCCCUCCCAGUCCCAUGGCCAUGGAUCGUAUCAUCCUCCAGCCAACUACACGCCCUCGCCGACACACACGUCCCAGCCGGCGCACCAUUUCCACUCGCACACACACCAUUCACAUCCAUUGCAUCCUCCCCAGGGGCACAGCCACCUCUCUGGUCACCCACACCCUCACCACCAUCACCACACCCACACCCACCAGCACUCGCACUCCCAUUCUCACACUCAUCAUCCACACCACCCGCUGCCUCAUCCCCACUCACAUGUCCACGUGAUCCACAGCCACCCCGCGCCCUCGACGUCCGCCAACCCGCCAUCGGGCCCACAGCCACCUGCCCCAUCUGGCCCCGGCUCGAGCUCGUCUGUCGCGGGCUCCCCGCCAGGAUAUGGCUCGUCCCAUUUCUCAAACGGCCCACCUCCCAACGCUUCCCGGGGUCCUCAACCUAUUAUCCCGAUCACCCCCGCCCCCCGGUCACCAGUUGCUGCUUACCCCGCAGGUGCUUCUCGUUCCCCCGCCGCACCCUACAAUAUAUACGGUGCAGGCUCCAUAAUGAGUCGCCCGCGUAGCCCUAUGGCUUCCGACUAUUCAGUGAGCUAUUCAUUAUCUUAUCUUCAGGACUCUGUUGACGUUUUGCGAUCUCAGUCUUCGGCUCCGCCUCCUCACGGUCCGAGCUCUUCUUCAGGAUCAAGACGAAAUACGCUGUCGGGACCUGGAGGGCCUCAGCCCAUUGACCCUGUGCCUCUUCGUGAUUACCCGCCCUAUCCGGGCGCUGCUUCUAAGCACCCAGACGACAACUAUCCCCCAUCGGCAUUUAGUGCCCCAAUAUACGGUUCUCGGCCCGAAUCUCCCAAUACCUCGACUGGGGGCAAGAAUCGACGCAGUGGGGGUGGUGUUAACAGCAUAUCAAGUCGAAAUGCUCGGUCUGCGAGCGUCAAGCGAAGUAUUGGGGGUGCCGCCGAGGCCAAGCGGAUGACUGCUGACCGCAGCAGGGAGCGAGAAAAGGACGAACGGGAGCUGGAAAGAGAGCGUGAGGAUCUCAUGUAUCGCGAGCGAGAAAGGGCUGUCCUAGAACGGGAGCGCGAGCGGGAAGAACGCCGGGACCGAGAGCGCGAGUAUGAUGAACAAGUGCGAGCAGCCGCGAGGGAGCGAGAGCGAGACAGGGAUCGUCAGCACGAGCUCGACAUGCGAGACUCGCGCCGCCCGCCUGCUCCUAGUAAACGCAUCGAGAACGAAUUCUCCCGGCGUCCGCCCGAUGACUGGGACCGUAUGCGCGAACGUGAUCGAGGACGAGUACCGAGAGAACCAGAGCGAGACUGGCGGCGCGAACAAGAAGACCCACGACAAAACAUUUCAUCCUUGGUCUCAACUAAACACCUUCCCCCGCUCUCGCAUGGUUAUGAUGGCAAACAGUCUCAUUUACAUACAAUACCUCCACCACUACCACAACAGCCUCGCACUUCACACCACUACGCUCGUCAUCCAACUCCACCCCCACCUGCACUCCCUAUUCUCUCACCGAUCUGGCUCGCCGCGCGGGUCCCUCGUCCCACGAUCCCGCUGUGGGGAAAUGCUGUCACGGGGUACACCGACGAUUCCAAUUUGCUGCUUGCCGCAGUCCACUCGGGCCGAACAAACUGGUCUGAAAUUCGACGGGCCAGGCGACUCAAACAGGACGCCAAAAUUAUUGUUGGUGUAUGGGUAGGCGGUGCCAACGGCGGCCGACACGCCGUGCGACCAAAAGGAGGCGCAUGGGAAGGCGGCCAAGGAUCAGGCCAACUGUGGAGUAGUUCGUGGGGGAACAGUCACGAUGGUGGGGGAAUGGAAAUUGUCCAAGUCGUAUGGACAGAGAAGGAUGCUGCGCACGCCCCUCAUCGCCCCAAUCGGCGCGAACGAAUGGAACAAUACGCAAAGCGUCGAGCGGAUUUGGAUCUCGUCCCACCUGCUAAACGGGAUCGGAUCGAUACGUGGUACUUGGACUCUGACGACGAAGAUGCCCAGUUGUCUGUACCCACGAAGCGCACCUGGGAUGUACCCGAAACGAUCGUGUUUGGAAAGGGCGGAACGACGUCAGGGUUUGUAUACGAUCCACAUGCGCUUCGGUCGGUCGUAUUCGAAGAAUCCAACGAGCGAUCGACGAAGCGAUUGAAAUCAAAGCUUGGACAACAAGGCGAUGAUAAUAAUAGUAUUAGCCGACGGGAUAUUGUUUUGGAGAAUGACGAUGAACAGUACAUCCUUUCCCUGAACGACGACAAGGACAAGACUUACACCCUUUCUACACUGUCACCCAAAUCGAAAAAGACCGAGGUGUUACGAAAGUCAGUGACCGAGGAAGAUGUUUCGUUUUUCGACAAGGGCUUGUGCGUCUGGAUCAAGGGUGACGAGGCCAAGAAGGACAAGACCGAUGCCGAAAACGAGGACAUGGACAAGGACACCAACCCCGAGAUACCCUGUGACGAAACCAUGUCCAACGACCGUAAGGGUUGGUUCUGUCGUGUCAACCGGUGGAAAUUUGCACCUAGCAUGGCUGAGAACCUCACGACGACUGUUGAUGCUUCGUAG